GUUUUUGAAUUUAUCUUUCCCACGGAAAUUUCAUUGCGACCAGGUAUUGACCAAUGCAAGUUGAAGAAACCUCCUUCUCGUUUCUCCUCCUCUGAGAGAGAGAGAGAGAUGAAGAAUCUUAGAAGUAGCCUAUGAAUUUCGCUUCAUCAGAGCUGAUUUUGAAACCCUAAAGGUAGUAUCAUAUGACGCCUUUACAAGGAUCUGAGACUCUGUUUAGCAGAAAAGGUCACAAUUCAGCAAAUCUUGAAGACCUGGAAUCAGAAACGGAGGAUGGAUUUGGAUGAUACUGAAACCUCAGAACCAGAGAUUGGCAAUAUGUUUCCAUUGAUUUGAGAACCCUUCAAUCGGGAAUGACUUGUGAGUUUGUUUGAUUUUUAAGCCCCAGGCAUAGAAACAACAGGCAGUUCUUGACAAUUUUGAGAUUUGAUAAGACUUUAUGCAGAUGGGUUCCAUUCAAAAUAUAGUUUAUUAUUGCUGUGUUGCCAAGGGAAACAGGGUUCUUUACGCUUACAGUGGAGGAGAUCAAGAAAUCGAGGCACUGGUUGCAGUUUGCUUAGAGAGAACCCCACCUUUUCACAUCUGGUAUUUCGAAACGGUCGGGCAAAGGACUUAUGGGUUUCUAAUGGAAGAUGGAUAUGUUUAUUUCACAAUUGCAGAUGAAGUUCUUGGAAAUUCAGGGGUCCUCCGGUUUCUAGAACAUGUCAGGGAUGGGUUUAAGAAGGUGGUGAAGAACGGUUCGAGGAGUAAUUUAGCUGGUUCGAACCCCAUCUGCUUAGAAGAACAACUGGUGCCCAUCAUCCGACGUUUGAUAUCCUCAUUGGAGAAUGUAUCCCGAUCAGAACCUGCAGAUUGGAUGGCUGAGAGGCCUGCACAUCAGCUUAGCCCCUCCCAGUUCAACAACCAGAUGGGCAACUCAGAAGCAGCAGCAUCUACAAAAGCACCACUGCUAGGGAAGCCUAGUAAGCAUGAAAAGAAGAAGAUGAAAGAUAGGUUAGCUGAAACUAGAGACGUCAUUUCAGAGGAUCAUAGGAAAUCUACAGAUAGGGGAAUCAAGAUUGAUGUAGCUCCUGAAUCAAACCAAGGUAGCGUAUCUUCAAUUUCGUUGCAAAAGAGUUCGAGCUCAACGAGGAUUAGAGGGCAACAGCAAGCUCGUAGGAUGUGGUGGCGUCACGUUCGGAUGGUUCUCGCAAUUGAUGCAGUUGUCUGCUUGGUUUUGUUUGGGAUUUGGUUAGGGAUUUGUCAUGGCUUUCACUGCAUUCAUUGAGAUAGCUCUCUUGAUCUUGAAUUGGAUUGGGAUUAUGCUUGCGUGGUAUUGAUGAGCAUUUCUGCAGAAUCGAUAGGUGACAUAAAUGCUUUUUGCAGAAAACAAAAACGGUUUUAUUGAGAAAUUUGCAGGAACAUUUUGCUGUAUAUAUAUUACACACCUUUGUAGAGUAUGGUCCCAACGUCUGGGCAUGUGAAAAAAGCAUACAAAUGAAAUCCAGCAGUUUUGUGUGUGAUAGUAAAAUUCCGUCCUUUCAGGCCUGCUGCAGGACAUUCUGACUUGCUGAAAGAUGAACAGGGUAUCCCAAUUCACGCCUCGCAUACAAAGGUACGAAUGCUGCAUUGCUGCAAUAGCUCCUGCAAUUCUUAGUUAUUCCUUGUACAUGUUUUCCACAGCUUUUAUAGGAAAGCAAUGUUGUUAUCUUACAUGAAAAAUGUAUAAGACUUCUGCUAUUUCUGCAUCUAUGUUCUAGACUUUUUUCCUCCU